CCGUCAGACCGUGUUUUGGUGGUCAGCUGAUCGCGUUCGGGACUCGCUGGGAAAUACAACACUCCUCUCGUCUGUCUCCAAAAUAUUCCAUGCUGACUAUCCUUACUGCCUGGCGAAUGUGGAUCAACUACAGCCCGUGAAAGGUGUAAGGAAGGGAGGCAGACGGGAGAGAGAGGGAGAGCAAUGCCUCACUACACUGCCCUGACAGCGGCGGCUACAGGGGGAGCUGACCCCAAGAUGGGUUACCAGUCCCCGCCGCUUCUAGCCAACGGGAUCACCACCACCCUCAUGGAGUACCAGCCCAAGGAGAUGCAACAGAUGCAGGCAGAGCCAGUGUACUGCCACGAAGUAUUUGAUGGGCAUGGCAUGGAAGACCAAGCAAGUUGUUCUCCGGGACAGUCUGGAGAUUGCUCUCGCCAAGGCUCUGCUGGACCCUUCGACCGCCCACAGAAAACUUGCAAAGGCAGUAGGUUGGCCAUGUCACUUGUAUUCAAAGUGAAUCACUACCUGACAGCUCCCUGGGACUCUGAGAUGACCCACUUCUUCAUCAGUGAGUACCGCAAUGUUAGUGGAAUGGUGACCAAGAAGCGAGAUGCCUUCCUGCACAUCUCAGACAAAAUGAACCAGAAGGGGUACGACGUGACACCGUACACUGUGGAGAAGAAGUGGCACAACCUGAUCAAAGCGUACAAAAAUGUCCUCUACCGAGCCAUCCGAAAGGGAGAUGAGAAGAUCAGCUGGGAGUACUUUGAGGAAAUGGACGACAUCAUUAAAAACAGCACUCCCUCCUUGCCGGCGCCAGGGAACUUGAAGCGAUUGGCUAUGUCACGCAAGGUGAGCCCCAACCCCGUGGCCUCACCAGCCUCAGGACCAGAGACCAUAUCAGUGACCCCAGACUUCCUGCCCAGCCCCCCUUCCCCUGAUGUCACAACCCCCAAGACUCUGCCUGCCUCUUCCCCGUCAGUAGCAGAGGGUCCCAGUGCCGCCCCAUGUGCCCCAUAUAGCUUUCCUGCCGGCUCCUCGUCCACAAGGUCUCCGCCCGGCCACCUGGCAUCCAGCCCCAUCUCCUAUGUGGUGAACCCAUCCCACCCCUCACUUCCGCCAUCAGAAGCUCAACACUCCACUAGUCACCUGCUACCCCUGGACACCACCUCCCAGCUCCAUCCUCCACACUACACUCAGCACCACUUCCUGCCUCCCAUUGCUACCACUCCCACCAUGCACUCCCAGCCACCCACCAUCCUCAACACCCCAACUGUGCCACCACCGCUGCAACCGACUGUUUCGUCACUGGACCCACAGAGUACAACGACAGUGUCCCUCGGCUCUGAAAACUACGUCACCUAUACCCAGCCAGGAGACGUAGCAGCCCCCACACAGGUAAGCAUAGCCUCGGAGCAGCCCGCAGCAGACCCCCAAGGUACAAACACUGCCAGGGAUGACGAGGAAGUGCCCAAGAAGAAGACCCUCCUCUCGGCUAGCAAGAGGAAGAAAUGGAGGCAGAGGAAAGCCAAGCUCUUCUACAGCCGUUUCCGUCGCCCUGACUGGGAGCUGCUGGUGGCCCAGAGAGAGAUGAACACGCAGCUCAAGUCACUCAACUCAAACAUCCGCAACAUUGGCCACACUCUCAAUGAGAACAUCCUGGGCCUCAAGCGUGCUGUGGAGCGCAUGGUGUCCAUCAUGCUGCAGAACAAGGCCGCUUCAAGCUGAAUCUCUAUUCAGUGUCAUUUGUCUUGUUUGGCUCCAACAGUAGAUGACAGACUUGUUGUGUGUGUGUGUGUGUGUGUGUGUGUGUGUGAGUGUGAGUGAGUGUGUCCAGCCAGCCAGCCAUUACUUGAUUUACUUUGACUCCAUCAGUCCCUAGAGUGGGAAGGUCUGGGAUUGUAUUAACAAAGAUUCUUAGAUUUUUCUUAAAAUGUGUCUUAUCUCUUAAGGAGUUUUAAAUCUGAGUCUCAGUCUUGGUCUAGAUAUGCUGAGAAGAAAUAUAGUCACAUUAUGAAAUGGUGUAUGAGCAAAACAGUAAAAUCUUUCAUUUUUCAAUUUUGACUUAAUAAUGUAAUCUUUUUACAUUUUUCUAUUGAAAUAAUAAGGGUGAUAAUUUAUCAUACAUUUUGUAAGGAUAUCAGCACAUUAAUUUGUGUAUAUGUAUAAGCAAAUUCCAUCAAGCGCAAGGCACAUGUAUUUCAUCUCAAUGUUUACGGCCUUGAGUUCAGUUAGCCCACUCCUCCCCACUAAGCAGCACCUCAUUUCCUACCGUUUUUUUGUUGGUAUAAAGGAAAUGAUGAUCCUUAAGGCCAAAAGAGCUAAUACAGGAGACCCCAGCAGGACCUAUGGCAAGACAUUCCUUUCCUCAUACAGUCAGUAUUAUGAGGAAACAUGUAGCCUGAUUGGCUUCACCACUCAGCAUCACACAAAUGCUGCAUAGGGCUCUGUUACAAAGAAAGUAAAUGAGACACACCAAAAAACAGGACAUAGGAAGCCCCAAAGUUAUAAUUACUGGAGAGCUGCAUUCCCUAUGGAGAGUUCUCAGAACCAAUCUACCUGAUGUCACCACUGCUAUAUGUCCCCUACUCACAUUAGCUAAAUUAUUGUUGUAUUAAAUCCCAGGCACAUACAUAUGCAUAGAACACUGAUUAUUAUGUUACUGUUGAUAUUCUGUAUCUACUUUUAAAUAUCCUGUAUGGAUAAUUUUGGGAGAAGUCAGUCAAAACAGAAAUAUUUUUUUUUUUUGUGAUUAUCUUGUAAUACUGCUAUCAAUAUCUUAAAUAUGGUAUACUACAAGUAAGAAAUCUAUUGAACAGUGAAAAAGGUAAAAACUUUGACUAUACUCUAUAGUAUGACCCAGCAUACUAAGUAACAUUGUGAUAUAUGGGUAUAGUUAUUUUUGUGGGGAUUUUAGCAUUGCUUUCAUUAAGAUCAGUAAGCAGCAAAAACAAUCGAGCAAAGAAUAAGCAUAUCACUGGACAGCUGUAGAGUGAGGAGAGAGAAAUAUGUGAAGCUCUCCUCCUCCUCUUUGUGUCCUUAGUGGUCACGCGGAUUAAGGCGCCGCAUUCUGCCACGAUGGUGGCAGAUUGCGGGGCAUCGAUUCGAACCCCACUAAUGACAUCUAGCGGCUAUAUGGCCUUUGUUGCCUAGCAGCAAGACAAAUUACUUCAUUGGAGGGGGGGCUCCCUUGUGAUGACUUAAUUUGAGGAUUAUUUAAUCCUUUUUAAUAAUCUCCUCCUCCUCAUGGCAUAGUGACAUGACAUUACAGCAGGAAUUAACUAUUUGUCCCAUAUUGUGUUUGUUAAGUUAAACAGGUGGGCAGCCUAGGUUGGGUUAGACAGCAACACUCUUGCCGGGAUACUCAAGUUGCCUGUUCUUAAUUAGAAUUGUUUCCAAAUACUAGUAAAUUGAUCUGUGUGGUUUGAACUUUUAAGUGACACAGACAUGUUGUUUUCAUGUUUACUGUUGACUGGAUUAAUACAUUUCCGAUCAAGGGUGUAGUCUUUUGGAAAUGUGGAGAUGACCAAACAAACCUCAAUGCCAAUUCAUGAGAAAAUCAGCUUAUAUAUAUUUGUUCAUGAAUAUGGUUUUGAUUUUGCCUGUGUUACUACUCAGAAGAAAUUAUGUAGAAAAAUAUAUUAUAUUGACUUACUGCAUCUCUAUGUUUAUAUAAUGACUGCAGGUAUGUUCUGUAUUACCCCUGUGAGAGUGAAGGGGACACCUACUGUGCUGCCAGCUGGUGACAACCACUAGUUCUGAAAACUCCCCAUUGGCUAAAUAACACUAUUUAAUGCUUUGAUUAUUUGUGUCAGUGCAUCAUUUUCCGUGUGCCUCUCCAAGCUCUCCCGCCAGGUCUGCCUCAAUAACACUCCUGUAGAUGUAGUCCAUUAUAUAAAACAGUUUAGAGUCACCUAGGCAGUGGUGUAGUAGAUAAGAUGGUGAGCAUGGGAUCGGGCAGACGUCCACGCGGAGGUUCGAAUCCUACCAUAUACCGCUUUGAAGUUAUGCCAUUUGUUGAGUGGUUCAAAGUUACCAACAUGUCACCAUGAUACCCAGGUUCUAGGUGGUUACACCAAAGAUGUGCUUGGGUGGUGAUAUGGGCCCUUAUAUGGGUACCACUAUAAAUAAAAUUGCCUGCGCCACUAAUGGGCAGAAGCUUAACAGCGCUUCCCACACCUACUUUUCAAGUAUGCCUACAGGUGCUAUAGUCCAAAUAAAAUUUUUUUUUUUAAAUGUCAAACAUCCUAAAGAGGCUGAGAAAUCUUGUGUUGGUAGGCUUGGUGGUCGGCCAUCUUUGUUAAAUUGAUUUCAGCGUAAAAUCAUAAAGAUAAUAAUAAUAAUAAUAAUAAUAAUAAUAAUAAUAAUAAUAUACGGUUUAUUAAUUUGGCAAUGUAAAAUUACACUGAAAAUGUACAGGGGCGGGGGUAUCCACCUCCAGAUGUACCUCAAAUCUAAAACAAGUUCAGGAGGUUAAGAUAAAUACUAAGAUAAAUAGUUCACCUGAGACAAGUUGACAUACUUAAGAUUCUUUGUUAAUACCAUCACUGGCAAUCACUGGAAGGAUUAGUGGGGAAAACAGCGUGGAUUCGUCCUUUGUCGUCCAGAUGCCCUGCCCAGCACCUCCUUUCCCAACAAAAUGACUCUUCUUGAAAUCAGAUUAUCAUAUUUGUUUGUUGAAGUAAAACUGUAGUCACCAACUAGUCUUUCAUGCUAGCCUGACACAGACACCAACACAUGCCAAUAGUACAAUACAGCUUACACACUUCCCUAAUACAAGCCAUCUUUCAUGUCUUCUGCUCCCCUGCCAUGUUUCAGCAAGAAGCUGCUGAAGUGACAGUGUGUGUGUUUCUGAUUAUUCUCUUUCAUCUUCAGUGUCUCAAAGGCUUUGUGAACUAUGUGAUCCUUCAUCUGUAUAAGCUGCGAGAUACAGUGCAGCCAAAGGGAAGGAAGUGUGAUGUGUUGGGAGAUAUGGAAGCUCUUCACCAGUGUGAAGCUUAAUCACUAAUUGCUUCCUUUACUUAUGAAAAGUGUGUGAUUGAAUCUGUGUAUACAGUGUGUGAUUGAACCUGUGUAUACUCUCAUACAAAUCCUACAAAUUACUUACUAGAGAUGUGACAUUGCCUGAAAAGUUCAGUGGUGAAGUAUUUUAGACAUUUUAACAAUGAGAGGGAGUUUAAAAGUAAAAUAUUUAGAUAAUCUUUCCUUAGGAAGAUUAUAAACUGACACUAUGAAAAGUUUAACUAUUUGUGCAAAAUUCUCGUACCUGCCAGAUCUCAUCAAAGUCAAAGCAUGCACGAAAAGACAAAAGUGACAAGAUAACAAGACCUGUGCUAUUGUACAGUGACAAUCUUACGUCAAGCUAAGCCAAACCAAGCCAAGCCAAGCCACCAGUGAUGUUCAGCCUCAGUUCAGUCAGCUUCCCACCACAUCGCUACAGAAACAAGGUCACUCCAGCCUUGGCAGGAGACCUGUUGCUGCUGGAUGAACAAAUGAACAAGGAAUGUGGGGAGCCGAGAGACUCCCCAUCUGUCCCGUCCAGCCUGGGAAUGAAGUCCUCGUGCUUUCGUGAGGGUAUUGAUCCCUGAGGCAGAGGCACCUGUCAGUGGUGGUAAUAGUGGAGGUAAUAAAGGGCGAGUGACCUGAUACUGGGGUGUGUGUGUGUGUGUGUGUGUGUGUGUGUGUGUGUGUGUGUGUGUGUGUGUGUGUGUGUGUGUUCAUGUGAGUGUGUGUGUGUGUGUGUUUGUUCAUGUGAGUGCAUGUGUGUGUGUGCGUGUAUGAGUGCUCAAGAUGGAAGGAAGUGAAGUGCCAUGAUAAGAUAACAUCACAAAUUGAGAAUAGAGGUAUAAUUCAACAACAUGAGGAUGAUCUUUCUUGAAGAUAACUGCCUGGUGAAGUGUGUUUGUGUCAUUGGUUCUUAGCAGUGCAGUAUUAGAGGCGCAGCUUCACCACCAGAAGGAGACUGUGAUAGCAGCAAAUGGGACGUGGCUGCCAAUACUCCCAAGGUGUGGAAGGGACUUUCUGUUUUGGGAACCUGUGUUUAUAAACUGUUUGGUGCUGAACCUGACACUAGUGUUAAUACUCAUUAGACACAAUACAGAAACAGUCCAGUUGCCCGCCCACAAUGGAGAUGCAGUGAUGUGAUGUACGCUCCACUUGUCACACUAGAAUGCCCCCUAUUGAGAGUCUACCUGACAGACAUCCUCUUCCCUACCAGUUUGUUUGCAGCCGUAGGACAGAGAUAUACGUAUUCAGUUCCUUUGAUCCGAGGACGCCAUGUUCUCGGCAUAGUGUCUCUGUGUACUAUUUGGAAACCUUCCUGUAUAGUGUUGAGGUGCCAUAGACUUCGUGUUACUGUAGUUUAGCCAUUUUUCACUUUUGAGAUGCAAGACUUGUAUGAUAAUGUAGCCUGGAGGUGUGCCAGGGUUACUGCACUGUUUUAACGUCUCGUAGCACAGAAUUUUUUGGAUCCGAUGUGGUGCUGUGUGACGUUGGUUAUGCGUUGUACAGAAAAAUCAAAUCACUUUUACAUAAUUCUACACGUCCCCCAAAAGGUCCAAUGUUCUAAUGUAGUGUUACCAUUCCCUCGCUCCCCUUAACAGAUGACCACCACCCAUGAACCACUGCCGCUGGACCCCAGAGAGAUACCGAGUGUUUUGUGUCUAGUGUCUGAGUUGUGUGUCGCCAGUGCAAGGUUGUGUUGCAGCAUCAAGGCCUCACGCCAAACAAUACUGUGUCCAUUACAUGUUCUGGUAAUGUUUGUGUCAUUUUGAAUGCUGUUCAGACGAGAAAAAUCCAUCCAGAAGCUCAAAUCUUUACUCCCAAACAAUGAGACUUGCUUCAAAAGGGGGAUUUUUAUGCAGGAAAGUGGACAGAUAGAUGCUGAAGACAGGUGUGAGAUGUGCUACUGAUCCCUUGGACUCUACGUUUUUCAUGUCAAUGUGAUGUCAAGUAAAUUCUUUUUUUUACAUCUGUUGAUUUUUUGUUUCUUUUUUCUCUCCUGUAUGUUAGGAUUACGUGGAGAGCAAUAAAAAGACGACCCCGAGAGGGAGGAGGUGGAGAGGUUAGGGCAUUAGUCGCUCUCGUCCCAUAGCAAGUUGUUUCUCAGACUACGCACUUGGAUUUAAGUUUUUACUCCCUCUGUUAUGUACUAUAAUACUACAGGGCUUUAUAUUUAUAGUUUUUAUUGAUGGAUAGUGAAGACAUAAUUUCUCUUUGAUAUCAUAGCCAAACUUUUACUUAGUUGUACUGACUCAUUGCCGCAGCCUGUGAAAAAAAUGUUACAAAAAUACAAACAACGCUUUCUCUUGUCGAUGCUUGAGUUGCCGGCGAGGACUCUGCUUGUCUCUGCCGAGGAGCCGCAUAUUUUUAUUAUGCAAAUAAAUUAUAUAAGCUUUAAUUAUGAAUAAUGGUGUAAAAUGUGAGAAGAAUGUCAUUCUGAACUUGUAUUUUUUUGUAUAAUAGGAUGAGAAAAAUUUA